AUGGCUUCAACCUCUAGUGCUAGUAGUUUAUCUAAAAGAAUAGAUACAACAAGUUUUGAAGAUGAUGAAAGAGUAACAAAAGUUCAAUGUUCAAUCGAAGAAAAUAAAACAAUCGAAGAACUUAAAAAACCAUUGCAACAAACACUUGAAACAAUUUUAACAAAACUAUAUUCCAAACAAAUACAACAAAAACUUACUCAUAAUAUAGUUAAAUUGUUGCUUUCUUCACCUUGUAUAAAUACACUUAAGCAUAAAAUUUCAGAUGCAACAAUUCAUUCAACAAAAACUAUCAACUACAUAAUUAGCACCCAAGCAGAUAUGAUCUCUGAUGAAUUUAAGAUGUAUGAUUCUAUAUUAAGUAUGAUUAAGAUAGGUGAGUAUAAAACUGCUAGUAACAUUGUUAGUACAAUUGAACCUGUAUUGGAAGAAUUUGGCAUUAGUGGAAGUAAACUAGUAAGUAUCAUGACAGAUAACAGUUCAAAUGUUAAAACAGCUAUCAUACAACUUUCAACUAAAAUUUCACCACUCAAGCCUGUUGUUAAUAUUUUUUAUGCAGUAUAUACAUUACAAUUAAGUGUUAAUGUGAUCUUAGAUAAAGUACAUGAUUUAAUUAUAAAAUAUAAAGCAUUUAUUAGACUUUUGGGUGAAGAAAAAAAAUGUAAACAAUUACGAGAGGCACAAAUUAGUAUUGGCAAAAAAAAUUAG